AUGUCGGCCACGCCUGCACACCCCUCGGAGCCGCCACGGGUACAGAGGCACCGACCUGUGCCGCAAGUCCCGUCGCAGCCGCCGCGUCUUCCGCAGCGCGCGCCUUCCCAUACGGAUAAGAGUAAGACACCGGUAGAGCGGCUAUGUACCCUAUCGUCGUUUCAUGGGUCGUUCCACGCAGCUGACUUUCUUACGGCGUUGUGCCAGGACCACAUGGCUCAUGCACGUACACAGCCUGUGCUGGACGUGCAGCCGUUUAUGGAUACGUUUGCCCAUGCGCUUAGCCAUUUGCAGCGCAUCAAGGGCGACAUGGAUGACCGCACAGCCGCUCUGAACUCGGCCGUCCAAGUCUCUCAGUCCGUAUAUACCAAAAAGAUUCGGCAACUUACGAACAACUUUGAUAUGACACAAUCGUCGUUUGAUGCGCUUCAAUCGCGGAUCUCAGAAGUCGGUCGAACAGCGAUUCGGAUCGGUGAACAGCUGGAAUCGUUGGAUCGGCAGCGUAAGCGUGCAAGUGAGACACAUGACUUGAUCGAGUACUACUAUAUGUUUGCGCGUGGCGAUACAUCGAGACUUGACAAGCUGCGUAAAGAGCAUGGCCGCGAAGGCCGCCUCAAAGCCGCUACCAUUCUCCGGCGUCUUGCGGUGAUCAGCCGUGAAGUGGACAUUGAUGGAAGUACAGAUACACGCGAGAAGAUCGAGCGGUACUGUGAACAGUUCGAACGUGACAUGCUCAAGCUCUUUGACAAGUACUAUCGUCGCUCCGAUCCGAAAAUGAUGAGCCACAUUGCGCAUGUGUUACAACGUUUCAACGGCGGCAUGUCAUGCAUUAAUAUUUACGUGAAUCAACACGACUUUUUCAUUUCCAAAGACCGCGUAGACGAGGCAGGGCGUAUCGGUGUCUCCCCAGUGUGGGCCCAUGUGGCGGACCCCAUGGCUGCGCCGCCUCGCUCUGAGCCAUCGCUAGAGGCACUAUAUACGGAGAUUCGACGUACCGUGGAGCUGGAAGCGCAAAUCAUUGCGGCCGUAUUCCCCACGCCCCUGCUGGUCAUGCAGAUGUUCCUCCAGCGUGUGUUUGCACAGAGCGUCCAGUCCUAUGUCGAGACAAUUAUGGACAAGGCGCUGGCGCUCGACACCGAGGCUGCAGGGCUUGCUCGUCAUGACCCGACUGUGGAUUCGGCUGGCUUGGCGUUCCUGCGUAUGCUGCAUGUGACGCGCAGCGCUACAUUGCAGCUGGUGAGCGACUUGAAGGCCAUUGAUCUACGCAGCGCUGGCAUCACAACCUCAGCGCCGACACCCACGGCGCAUGGCUUGGACGGUCUCUUCUCGCUGAGUGGUGCCGAGGCCGAUGCAUUGAUGGGCAACGAAGGCUACUCUGCUGCGCAGCUCGCCGCUGCUGGUGGCUCGGUGCUUGGCGCAAUGCUUGACCAGAGUGUGGAAGAGAUGUUCUCGCCCUACUUGGACCAUGUGCGCUACAUUGAUCGCGAAUGCCGCGUGCUCAGCAGUUUGUAUGCGGGCGCUCUGCAGCGGUUCUUUGCCUGGCACCGCAAUACCAUUAAAGCCUCCCGAGCGAAUGCGACGAUUUUCAGUCGUGUGCGCGAGCAGUUUACCGGCGGGAGUGGCUCGCUGGGCAGCUCUGUAGCCUUUGCUACGCUGGCCGAUAGCGGCGGAUACGGCGCAGCGCCGCAAGUAUCGUCGUUCAAGCGCUUGGUCGACCGAGCUCGGGGUGUGUCCAUGCCAGACGACACGGACGAGGACGCAGUGGCCAUGGGCGACGAAGCGGACGAGCGUGGUGAAUUGGCCUUGUCGCUGGUGCAACGUAUGCUGCAAUGGCACGCUGAAGCGCUAGGCCGCUGUGUCGAUCUGUGUGCAUCGUCAGACGUACCGAAAAGCACCUUUUUGCUGUUGCGUGUACUGACAGAUGCGUACUUGAAAGCGUACGUGGAGGCCGCCUUGGAAACGGCCACCGUGCAGAUGUUUGCCUACGAUGGCCGUGCCUCUACUGCACCUGAGCUCAUGGUCAUGACGUUGGUCCAGCGUGUGGAGCAGCUGAUUGAGUUGUGGCAGCACUAUAUCCAAACGGCGGUCCUGCCCUUGACCGCCGCCAGUGUGACGAUCCGUCGUGAAACGGCCAUUUACAACCACCACAAUAUGCUUCGUGUGGAAGGCAAGUGUGAAGCGCUUUUGCAAAAGUACACCGACAACCUGCUGGCGUACCUGCAGGGACGUCUUGCGACGCAGAAACGCAACGACUACAACCCCAAGAACGACGAAAUGACAUUUACGCAGCUCAAUACGGAGCCAUGCCUUGCUAUCGUCGACGCCCUUGAAGCAUUCGAGGCGGAAGUGCGUGCCAAGCUGAGUGAACGCACACGCGAGUCACUCUGUACCGACGUCGGCAUUGGCUUCCAUGCCUUGCUGUGUGAGCACUUGAAAAAGUUUACCGUCAGUGCGACAGGAGGACUGAUGCUCACCAAGGACUUGGCCAUGUACCAGGAUGCCUGCAACCGCUUCCACAUUGCUGUCGUCCAAGAUCGGUUCGAAAUGCUGCGCCAACUUGGCACGCUGUUUAUUGUACAACCAGGUGUGCUAAAGUCCUACAUGCGUGAGGGUCAUUUGAGCACGAUUGACGAGGCCUUGCUGCGUCCCUACCUGCAGCGCCGACAGGACUAUGCGAGUGACGUGCGUGUGCUAGACGACGAAACGCAGACAGGUGCGGAAGAUACCAGUAGACAAGGGACAUCGCUCCUCGCCUCGCUCUCUCAGCACACUGUUCUUGGCAGUGCGUGGACUGACAACAAGAAGGAGCCGUUUUCGCGCGACUUGCGUAUGUUUGUCACGGACAUGCCCGAUUUGCCAGGCCUUGUGGAGCACCUGGUGCAUCCCCCCACGGAGGGCCCAGGCUCCGGGCGUAGUACACCGACACGCAGCACCACGCCACAGUCGCAUUUGCACAGCGCCCACGGCUCCCCAGGCGGGGGUGCCAUCUCGCGCACGCCGUCGCCCGUCAAGCCUUCGCGACGCGCUGGUGAUCGUCCAUCGUCUUUGCAGCAAUCCAUGCACAACCUGGAUCUCUCUUAG